CUAUUGCUACUACUCAUCCACCCAAACAUGACAUGUCGUCCUCUUCCACCUUUCCCAUCCAUCUCAAGUUCAUUGACAUCUGUUACAAAGUGAAGAUAGAAAAGAACAGUAGCCACAAUUUUUUUGGAACCAUGUUGGGUGGAACUGAUGAUCAUUCCAUGACCCAAGAGCGGACCAUCUUGAAUGAAAUCACCGGAAUGGUGCACCCUGGCGAGCUGCUAGCCGUUCUGGGGCCAUCGGGGAGUGGGAAGUCCACCCUUCUCAACGCACUCGCCGGCAGACUUCCCGGCCUCUACUUCACCGGAUCAGUGCUUGCUAAUGACCGGAAGCUGACAAAAGCAGUACUCCGACGAACUGGUUUUGUGACCCAAGAUGAUGUACUCUACCCCCACCUUACCGUCCGUGAAACGUUAAUCUUCUGCGCCCUCCUCCGCCUCCCCAACAGUCUAACCCGCCGGGAGAAGACGGCUGUGGCGGAUUCCGUGAUCGCCGAGCUGGGGUUAUCGAAAUGCGAGAAUACCAUCAUUGGGAAUACAUUCAUCCGGGGGGUUUCCGGCGGGGAACGUAAGCGUGUGAGCAUCGGACACGAGAUGCUGGUAAACCCAAGCCUGUUGAUACUGGACGAACCAACCUCAGGUCUGGACUCGACGGCGGCUCACCGGCUGGUCUCCACCCUGAGUGGGUUGGCACGCCAGAAAGGAAAGACGGUGGUGACGUCUGUUCACCAGCCGUCGAGCAGGGUGUUCCAGAUGUUCGAUACGGUGCUGGUGUUGUCGGAAGGAAGGUGCAUUUACUUCGGAAAGGGAUCGGAAACGAUGAAGUACUUUGAGUCUAUUGAUUUCAGGCCAGCUUUUCCGAUGAAUCCAGCCGAUUUCCUGCUUGAUCUUGCAAACGGUGUGUGGCAACAUGACGGGAUAACUGACAAAGAGAGGCCGAACAUAAAACAAACGUUGACAUCUUCGUACAACGAGUUGCUGGCAUCAGAAGUAAAGGACGCGUGUUUAGAUAAAACGUUGAGAGAUCAGCAUAUGCCCGUUGCGAAUCUCGAGCCUAAAGAGUACACAAAUAAAUGCGUAAACAGUAUCAACACCUGGUUUAUUCAGUUCACCAUUCUCAUCCAAAGAAGCCUCAAGGAACGAAAGCACGAGACCUUCAAUCCGCUUCGAGUUUUCCAAGUAAUCGCAGCCUCAUUGUUAGCCGGUUUUAUGUGGUGGCAUUCAGAUUUUAGGGACAUCCAAGAUCGUCUUGGCCUCUUGUUCUUCAUUUCCAUCUUUUGGGGUGUCUAUCCUUCGUUCAACGCAGUGUUUGCAUUCCCUCAAGAUCGGGCCGUUUUCAUGAAAGAAAGAGCCUCUGGCAUGUACACCCUCUCUUCGUAUUUUAUGGCCAGAAUAGUCGGAGAUGCACCCAUGGAACUCAUUCUGCCUACGUUAUUUCUCUCGAUUACUUACUGGAUGUGUGGGCUAAAGCCUGAAGUGGGUGCCUUUCUUUUUACCUUAUUGAUCUUGCUAGCAUACGUUCUCGUGUCCCAAGGACUCGGCUUUGCCAUUGGUGCGAUCAUAAUGGAUGCUAAACAAGCGUCAACAGUCGUAACUGUGACCAUGCUUGCAUUCGUGCUAACCGGAGGGUAUUACGUGCAUAAGGUGCCUGCUUUCAUGGUUUGGAUGAAAUACAUUUCAUCUACAUUUUACAGUUACAGGCUACUGAUCCAUGUUCAAUAUGGGCAUGGAAGGGAAAUCUGGUAUUUGUUGGGAUGUUUUCACUAUGGUGAUAAACAUGCAAGCUGCAGAUUCAUUGAAGAAGAUAUUGCAGGUCAAAUAUCGACCGUUUCAUGCAUCGGCAUUUUGGUCAUCAUGUUCUUCGGUUAUAGAUUAUUGGCGUAUCUUGCGCUUAGGCGAAUCAAGGCUUGAGCCAUUUUUCGUUCUUACGAGCUGUAACCAUGUUUAAUUUCUGAUGGCCGAUAUCGAUAUCGGCCAAACGUAUGGUAGAAGGAAACACACAACGAUGGUGUGGUUUAACGAAUUCAAGGAAGCAUACUUGAAUAAAUGUAAAGAAACCCAUCUCAUCUUCACUUUCUUUCUUUUAUGAUGACAGAAAUAAUUGAUUUUU